GAGAGAGAGAGAGAGAGAGCAUCAGAGCAAUGGCUGGGUUGCUAGCAUGGGCAGCAGACGUAGUAGGAGGAGGAGGGCAAAGCAACGAGGAAGACAACCCCGAUUCAAUCCCAUUGAUCUUGACUCCUGACCAACAGAACUACGUUCGAGAGUUGGACCGGAAAGCAGCCUCCCUCAGCCGUUCGAUCCAAGAUCUACGGCUGAGGCUCCCUCCUCCAGACAUCUCCCAACGCCUCCCUCACCUCCACGCCCACUCCCUCGCCUCCAACGCCGCUCUCACCCUCCAAUUGAACGCACACUCGGCCACCAAAGAGCAGGCACAAUUGAGAGAAGUUACCUUGCAAGAAGAAAAUGCAGAGUAUGAAAAGGCUAUAUCAAGUUGUGAGAAUAAACUACGGGAGAAGUUGCAGGAAGCAGAUCUUCUACGGAGUAAGUUAGAGGAAUUGAACUUGACGGAGCAAAAUCUGACCAUUGAAUUGGAAAAUGCACAAACUGAUUUGGCUGCAAUUCAAUCUGGAAAAUCCAGUGAAUUGUUGAUUGAAUCUGAAACCAUAGCUGAAGUUCAUGAAGAUACAGAAGCUUCAGAAUUUGCUCUACUGGAGAAGUUAGAGAACAAGAAGAAAGAAUUGGUCCCAAUGGAAGAGAUUGUUCAGGAUUUGGAGAAGAAAUGGGCAGCAGUCCAAGAUAACGCGCUGAAGCAGCCUUCUCCAGCUCAGAGAGAGAAAAUAUUGGAUAGACAGCUUCACAGCCUAAUUGAACAACUAGCUGCCAAGCAGGUGUAAUUUUUUUUCCCCGGACUCUGUUGUGGCUUUGUAUUUAUGUCUGUACUUGGUUUCAAGUCAUUUUUGUUGUGAAAUAUUCUCUAUGAGCUUUUCGGUGGGAAAUCCUUUCUUCUAUUCCUGACCUUGCUUGUAGGCCCAAGCGGAAGGCCUUGUUGGUGAAAUCCAUCUGAAUGAGAUUGAGUUAGAAAGAUUGAAUGGGCUUCGGAGGAGGCUUGAAACCAGCCCCGCAGAUGGGAAUAUUGCAAGGAAUCGAUUUGGCAGAAGCAGCUCUGAGGAAGGAUUUGUUUCUUCAGAUUACAUUGUUGAUCCUCGUCAAAAGUCUCCUUACCACAUGGGUGGCCGAACUGAGAAACUGCAGAGGUUAAUGCUGCUCAGGUCGGCUUUCGUGAUCUACAUUUUAGUUCUACACAUCUUGGUAUUCAUCAAGAUUUCAUUCUAAGAUGUUCCGCCAUAUACUACAUAUAUUCUGAAAUUCAGUUAUCCUGCUGGACCUGAUUACUAUUUUCCAUGAUAUUGUAUUCCAGUUGUACAGAAACAUUCAUGUAUAUUAACUGAGAUUUGUUUUAACUGUAUGGUUCUGCUAAGUGUGGAUUCAGUCGCUGCUAUGGUUCUCCAUCAACCAACGUUUUUUUUGGCUUAGUUUUAGCAGAGGAUGUGAAGGUAGGUUAAUUACAGGGUCAAUGGAAG